AUGCGCGCCUACUUUGUUGCUUCUGCUAUCUCUGAUGAUGAAAUUCUGUGCGAGUUUGAGAAAGAGGAGGAGGAGGAGCGUUCACCUGGAGAGGACUUCUCCAUGAAGGCCAUCUUCCGGUCUACCAGUACUACUGACACACUUUCCUCUCGCGCCGGUGUCUUGUCCGGGUCAGCCGCAACUCAAAAGAUGCAGGAUCUGGCCUACCAACGCUCCUAUCUGUUACCGCUUGUGAAGAAGCUGGUUGAACACUUGAGUUUCUUCGUUUGGAAGGAUCUGCAUUAG